UGCCGCAGAUGUUCGUAGUUUCCUGGGGUUAGCAGGAUACUACAGGAGGUUUAUCGAGGGCUUCUCGAAGAUAGCCCAACCACUGACCAACCUUACGAAGAAGGCCGUGAGGUUCUAUUGGAGUCCUAAGUGUGAAGAGAGUUUCCAGGAGUUGAAGAGGAGACUCACUACCGCGCCUGUCCUAUCCAUACCCGACCCUACUUUGGAGUUCACCAUCUAUAGUGAUGCUUCGAAGAUGGGUUUGGGAUGUGUCGUCAUGCAACAGGGGAAAGUCGUAGCCUAUGCUUCGAGUCAGCUGAAGCCUCACGAGCAGAACUACCCCACUCAUGAUCUCGAGUUAGCUGCUGUCGUUCAUGCCUUAAUGAUUUGGCAGCACUGCCUCUAUGGAGGAAAGUGUGAGAUCUUUACCGACCGCAAGAGCCUAAAGUACAUUUUCACUCAGAACGAGCUGAACAUGCGGCAGCGUAGGUGGUUGGAGCUGGUCAAGGAUUAUGACUGCACCAUUAGCUACAAUCUUGGGAAAGAAAAUGUGGUAGUCGAUGCCCUUAGUCGGAGGAUUUAUGGCCAACUAUCUUGCUUAUUCACCGAGCAAGAUGUUCUUCUUCGGGAGUUCGAGCGACUACAGCUAGAGGCAGUGGAGUCGCCUUCAGCAGCCGGGGGUAUGUUGACCGCCUUGGUUGUGGGACCGACCCUUCGGGAGAAGAUAGUCGCCCAGCAGCCGAAUGACCAUUUUCUGUGCCGGAUGAGAGAGCUGUCGGAAGCCGGUAGAAUUAGUGGAUUGGCAGUCACAUCUGAUAGGGCCUUGGUCUUCGAGGGUAGACUUU